AGGCAUAGUGCAGCAGAAGAAAAUGGAUAACAACUGCAUUUCUUUUUAUUGAAACAUCAUGAACAAAGCCACAAGCACGAGAACAACAUCCAGUAUUGAAGAAAGAGACAAAAGAAUAUGGACCUCCAACCAUUCCUAGCAAAUAUAUUAUGUUGUCAUCUUUUGGGCACUAGAGAAUUAUUAUCUGUGUCAUGAUAUCUUUCUAAAGCUAAAAAGAAACCUCCUUGUGAAUUGUGGGUGGAUGAUGUGGACCCACAAAGCAGCCACUUCUGCUAGCUCAGGAAAAGAUAAAGAAGAGCAAAUGCCCAAAAAUGCAGGCAGGAACCUCAGGUCAGAACCUCAUCCAGGUUCUGACAAAGCACUGGAUUUUGCUAUGAUAUCUCCAAGGGUGUCUCCUGCCCUCCCACACCAGACAGAUUGGCUCCAAAAACAAACUCUGUCCGCUACCAUCAUCAAGGCUGCGUGGCGGGGAUAUUGCACCCAAAGAGAAGUGGACAAAAUUACCAAAGCUGCUGCCAGGAUUCAAGCAGCUUAUCGAGGCUACAGGACACGGCAGGAAGUGCCCUUUGGGUUUCAUGAUUGCCCUGCAUACAGUAAGCUUAUAGUAAAGGAGGAAACAGAAAAAAAGACAGCAGUUCUCCCUCUUGUCAUGGAGCGCUGUGUGUGUUGGGCUAAGGGCUCCCAGGCACCAGGCGUUACCACUGAAAAUGAGAGGCUGAGAGGUCAAUGCAGAGAUAGACAUGAACCAGGCACUUCGGUCACUCCUGGAGCCAUUGCCUUCAAAGCAGAGUUUUCUGUCACACCCUGUAAAGUCUUGGCCCUUGCUACCCCUGAAGUCUUUCAAGCCUUGUCAUCUCAACAGCAAGUUCAUGAUGCUGCAGAUAAAAUUUGGGCUGCGAGAAGAGCUUGCCAAAGAGCAAUAAAAUGGAAAGAGCUUGAUAAAAUGGAAAGACAAGCUGAGAAAAUAGCAGAGCUAAGCCAGAUCUUCAUUUACAGUUAUCGAUUCACACUAAACUUUUGUAAGAAUUACCAAAUUUCAGAGUUAGCUAGUGUCACUAAAAUGCAGGAGUGGACCACAGAGCCCCAAGACACAGUGCCGCAUCCUGGACAAGUCCUCACUGUGAAGUUAGAACUGAGAAAGGAAAACAAAGACUCUAAUGCAGAGGGCAAUGCACCAUCUCUGAGAAAGAUUAAUGUGCAUACAGUAGUGAAGGGCCUGAGCACCUCCAGAAGGCCUGUCUUCCUGCGUGUCUUCAGUACCGACGGAGCAGUGGAAGGCUUUUACAGGGCAGCGGGCGGCAGGCAGUUGCAUGGACUGUACACGGUCAGAAAGCACGGGGGCUCAAAGCUGUCUCAAGUCCGCAUUCAUGUAAAUGUGGUGGAAAUGGAAAGGAGGACAGGCAAGAGUCCAUGAUGGUAGGAAGACGCCAAGAAACUCAGAAUUGGAACGGCUCUUGUACUGCAAAACCUUUCCCUGUACUUGCAGAGCCUGGUCACCGCUGGAGCAACUGUCUGGGUGUACCUUGAAAGUGAGCUCUGUUCUGGUAGCCCCCCUCAAGGGUCCCAGGUAAAGCGCACACAGCAGCCCAAGUCUGAGCUGCCCAGAGGGUUCCAGCAUUGCUUGUGCUCAAGUAGCUCUUGUCUCUUUUCAGCCUAGAAUUGCAGCCUCACAUCAGUUACAAACCCACAAAACCCAUGGUAAAUCAAAGGAAGGUUCUCAACAGAGAAUAUUCAAGUUUUACCCAGGAAUUCAUUUGCUGUCUCAGGGUGGAUGCUCCCAGUGAUCCAUGGUAUGGCUGGUAAAACAGAGUAUUCGUGUGUACCUGCCUUCCCAAAACGUUGAGGAGCAUGGCUGAAUAAAGGCUUGUAAAC